UGCGCGCAGACCGCGGGUCGAGGGGCUGCUCCGGAGGCCCGCAAGACCUGGGCGGGUCUCUGCGCUCGGCUGAACUCGGCGCCGGGCUCUGGAGCUCCUCAGAGCCCUGCCUGUCCCGUGUGUCCAGGUGAGCAGUGUAAGGGGCCUGACCUGCUUUUCUUCUCUGAAGACAAGAAAUUUGAGGUCCCAGAAACACAGUGAGGAUGUCUAAUGAACCACCCCCUCCUUAUCCUGGGGGUCCCACAGCCCCUCUUCUGGAGGAGAAAAGUGGAGCCCCACCUACCCCAGGCCGCACCUCCCCAGCUGUGAUGCAGCCCCCACCGGGCAUGCCACUGCCCCCUGCAGACAUUGGUCCCCCACCCUACGAGCCACCAGGUCACCCAAUGCCCCAGCCUGGCUUUGUUCCCUCCCACAUGAGUGCAGAAGGCACCUACAUGCCUCCAGGUUUCUACCCUCCUCCAGGCCCCCACCCACCCAUGGGCUACUACCCCCCUGGACCCUACCCGCCAGGGCCCUACCCUGGCCCUGGGGGUCACACAGCUACAGUGCUGGUUCCCUCGGGGGCUGCCACUACGGUGACAGUGCUACAGGGAGAGAUCUUUGAAGGCGCACCUGUGCAGACUGUGUGUCCUCACUGCCAGCAGGCCAUCACCACCAAGAUCUCCUACGAGAUCGGCCUGAUGAACUUCGUGCUGGGUUUCUUCUGCUGCUUCAUGGGGUGUGACCUGGGCUGUUGCUUAAUCCCCUGCCUCAUCAACGACUUCAAGGAUGUGACUCACACAUGCCCCAGCUGCAAAGCCUACAUCUACACGUACAAGCGCCUGUGCUAACGGAGCUGGGACUCAGUUUCCCCACCUGUCAGUCUGGUUCCCUGUGCUUCUGCUCCCUGUGCUCAUGUGGUUGCUUCCCCACUCCCACCUAGAGUUGGAAGCUACACCACUGUCCCCUGGAAGUCUUGUCCUCUUUGCCUUGCUGUGCCCCGAGCAUCUGAAGCUCUUCCAACAAAACUUGCCGUUGGAUUUAAGGCCAAGGGUCAGGGGGUGACAGGGGAUGGCACUGAGCUUGUAUGCUGGUUUGCUUAGUAUUGUCAUCAGGAGAUAAGCUGGGAAGGUUCUCCCAUGGGGUCCUCCCACAUUUCCGUCCAAGGUACAGGUUCAGUUCUGACUUUCUCCCUGGGACCAAAAGCAGCCAGACCAGCCAGUAAUCCCUAGGUUGGGCCUGCAGUGGGGCUGUGCCUGGAGCCACAGUGGUUUUUGACCUGCUGGGCUGAAAGUAGGAGAGCCAUCUGGAGUCCAGUGGAGUUGUCUGGAUCAGGACAGGGUCAUGAGGUUUGGGUCUGGUUCUGAGGUGCUUUGUGCCUCUAGGGUGCAAGGGUAGUGUAUCAGAGAAAUGAUGACUGCCAACUCUGGUCUUCAGAACUCUCAGGUAUCCAAACCCAGGACCUCUAACACCCUAUACAAGUGCCCAAGAGCCACCUGGUGCAGGGAAGAGAGGACUCUGGGUGACUGGUCCUGGUAGCCAAGAAGGGACUCGCCUCUCACCCCUACCCCCUGCUUGGUCUCUUUGGGUCAGUGUGCAGAUCCCCUUUCUGGCCACACUUCUGUGAACUCUUGUAUUUUCUGUGGCUAGAAGGAAUGCCCAUGAGCCUAACCCAUCGUGUCCUUGCUGCAUACAGGCUCAGCCUCUGCUUGGGAGGAAGGGCUUUCUCAG